AUGGUGUGGCAGUCGUCAGAGAGUGACCUUGACCUAGAGUUCUACUACGACCAGAUUCGUAGAGACGUAGACGCUGGACGUGUUUUGAUAACUCUUGGAGGAACACAUUACUCUGUAGAUAACCUGUACUACCAAGGAAGCUUCUACCAAAUCUGUCCAAGACCUUGUCACCAAAACCUAACUCGAAGUCUCUGUAACUCAUUACCAAGCUGCAGUUGGUCACACCAGCUUGGACAAUGUACCGCAAAUGCCUUACUACCUGAAAAACAUGAGGUGACCGUUUUAGUUCCGUGUGAUGUUUUACCUCACCAAUCAGUCCAGGAAAAAGACGUCCUCAUUGCGUCCUUCAGACAGAGAGUAGAGAGUGCCUUACAUAUGUAUCCAAACAUCAGCACUAGAAACGUCCACAGCUUCGGAGUCGGUCAUGUGUACCCCAGCAGCCUGGUGUUCACGGUUCAGCGGUCAAUGCAGAGUCCACCGCUGUCACGCAUGGUCAAGGAUCUCGAGGCCUGGAUAGCCAACGGAGAGCUCAAGAUCAAUAUGGGGCCAAAUGGUACCCACAUCACAGCAAGGGGUUUAGGUAACUUCACAGAGCUCGAAGUUUCGUUACUAUAUGAACUGAUCGAUUUUACGGAUACUUCAAACUUGCCAUUACGCCAGUCAUCUGCUAAAAAUAUCACCAGGCUUGUCUCUGACGUGUUACCUUUGGAUGCCAUCUCUGUUCUUAACUUCAGAUUUUCUCGGAAUUACGUCAUACUCAACGCUGUAAAAUCAGCGACAGGAACAAUGAGCCUUAAAGAUAUUGAAAAUGUCAUACGAGAUCUGUGGAAGCUCGGAGGAUUUGGAGUAGUCAAUGGCAACCUCAAACACAUACCGAAACAAAUUCUCUUCCAGGAGAAAUUCUAUAGUAAUUGUACAAUAGACUGUUCUACAAGAACUGACCCUGAUCACUGCAACAAAUUGAAAGAGUGCGUUUGGUCUACCGAGAGAAACGUAUCAUUCUGUAAGACGGAUCAGAUGUUACCAGACAGAUACCAGAUUGAUCUUUUCGCCCCUUGUAUGGACUUAAACAUGCUUUCCGUGGCCGAGGUAAAUGAUAUGGAACGAUUGCUUCUUGGAAACUUCACUGCCAUUCUGGGUUCUCCUAAGUCAAAUGUCAUCAGAAAUGUUACCAUUACACAGAAAGGUGUGCGUGUAAGUCUACAGGCCAGCGUUCAGAUGCCUUACUUAGAUACAUACAUCGCCAUUUUAUCCAACUACACGGACUACAGAACUGGUUAUAGAUUUGGCGUCACAUCACGUAAACCUCUGUCAUUUAGAGACCCAUUUGAUUAUACCAAUGUUCUAAUCAAACUCACAUUUAACAGCAUUGACUUUGAGAUACUGAAGAUUAAGUACACUUACGAUGACUUGACGGCGAAAGUUGUCCAAAGUCUCAAUAACGUGUUACUGGGAGUGUUGGUGCAAUCCUUGGAAAUUGUUUCCAUUUACAGGGAAGUUGUGGAAUUCACAUUGCGAAAAGAUGGGAAUAGUAAAGUGAACAUGGACAAGGAAAUUCGUCUCCUAUCCAACACGAUAGAGAAAGGUGGACUCGUUCUGAAUAUACCUUUCGUAAGACCGGUUGUUGCCUCCAACAUGUUCGUCACGGGCUCUUUUAAAGAAUUGUGUCCUGAUAAAUACCCCGUGAUCACUACAACGACAGUGAACGUUCCAAUUACGGUCUCGGCAGCCAAUAUUACACCCUCACAGCCGAUCACGAUGACUUUACCUUUGUUACGUCCCUCAGUGAUCCUCAUCUACAAUGACUCCGAAAUUGACCGCUCCCGGUUAAAGAAUCACAUGGACAGCUAUGGACUCAGCACGUGUCUCGUAGAAGUACAUCGGUGUCCAGCUUGUUUGACCGCUUUUUCUCGAAACACUUGCCGUUUUGAUUAUUCUAAUGUGGUCAUUUCAACAACGCCUUCACCUGUUGUGACCACUCAAGAUCAACCCCAUGUAGUUCCUGUAGUAGAGGACGACUACCGCAUCGGUCCGGUGGCUGCAACAACGAUGGCUGUAGGAGGGAUCUUUGUGUUGGCACUCCUAAUGUGGGCGGUACAGUCGUUACAUAAAGCCAUGAAGGAGAAGGAGAACAAGUCGGAAUCAAAACCUGAUUCACAAACAGGAAGAGGAAUUGAAGAAUUACCAGUGGAUUACUGA